CCAUUAAAACCAAAGGGGAAUGAUUUCUCUUCAAAGGCUCUUGGCAUGUUGUUCUGGCAUAAACAUAACAUUGAGAAGUCCCUUGCUGAUCUCCCUAAUUUCACUCCCUUUCCAGAUGAGUGGACAGUGGAAGAUAAAGUCCUGUUUGAACAAGCCUUUAGUUUUCAUGGGAAGAGCUUUCACAGGAUUCAGCAAAUGCUUCCAGAUAAGACAAUUGCUAGCCUUGUAACAUAUUACUAUUCCUGGAAAAAAACUCGAUCCAGGACAAGCUUGAUGGAUCGCCAGGCUCGUAAACUAGCCAAUAGACAUAAUCAGGGUGACAGUGAUGAUGAUGUGGAAGAAACACCCCAAUGGAUGGAAAUGAUAGUGAUUAUGAUCCAAAAAAGAAGCCAAGAAAGAGGUAAUGGUGAUCAUUAG